GUGGACAAUAUGAUUGAGCAGCGCGCGCUUCGUGGGGCAGCGCGUUCUGUUGAGGCGACUGCCGGGCUCAGAAGGUGGCGCCAGGAGAGGGAGGGGCUCGCAGAGCACGCAGGGGCGCCCAAUGCGAGCACCACGAAUCACGAAUUGGGGCCGAUUGCAGCUUUCGCGCGCUCGGACGGGCUGGUCAGAGAGCGUGCGAGAGGAGGGCAUGGGAGGUGGUGGUGGUGUUGCGUGCAAUAGCUCGCAUGCUGGUUGACGGAGUCAACAGAGGAGGAGGACGAGCAGCGAAAUUCGUCGCAGUGGGGUCGUGACUCGAAGAGCCCGCUGUGGGGCUGUUGGAGGCCCGAGCGCUCCCCGACCACUCACCGACUGUGGUGCCGAGGGCAAAUAAUAAUACUCGUGGUCUCAUAUUUUAUGCAUAUCCGUCGCCGCGGCGGGGUCUAAAUCCCGCGGGCGUCGAGCUCAGCGGGAGUCUUCAGCCAGCCAGUUCGGUCCUUCGCCGAGGCGGGCUGUCGAUCUCUUCGGCCCCCGGACUGGAGUGCGCUGAGGCGAGCAGCUCGCUCUCUCCCCGUGAGGGCCGACCGACUCGCCCGGAGGCGCCCGGCGAUCGGAGCUCGACCGAUUGGUAGAUUUCUCGCUGCGGAAUUCGUGUUCGGUUCUCGCAAGGAGCUGGGCGAGGAGAGGCGGCGAAACCGGCCUGAGGUUCGAGGCUGGGCGACAUGGCGGCCAUGGUGAUGGAGGUGGGCACGCCCGCAUUGGGCGAGGUUGCGCCGGCGCCCGGCGACGCGGGGUGGACGGUGCAGCUGUGCAUGAGCCCGAUGAAGAAGGGCGCGAGCGCGGGCGACGCGCUGCAUUGGGCGCGGGCGGCCGAGGCCGGCGCGGGCAGCCACUGGGAGGAGGUGAAGGCCAUGGUGAGCGAGUUCGAGCAGGCUAAGGAGGUGGUGAUCCAGGGCGUGACGCUGUCGGUGGCGCAGGUCUCGGCCGUGGCUCGGAACCCCCAAGUGACGGUCGUGCUCGACGCGGCCACGGCCAAGGAGCGCGUGGACGCGAGCAACAACUGGGUCGCGCACAACAUGACCAAGGGCACCGACACCUACGGCGUGACCACGGGCUUCGGCGCGACCUCGCACCGGCGCACCGACAAGGGCGCGGACCUGCAGAAGGAGCUGAUCCGGUUCCUGAACGCGGGCGUGCUGGCGGACGAGGCCAGCGUGCUGCCGGUGGCCACGACGCGCGCGGCCAUGCUGGUGCGGACCAACACUCUCAUGCAGGGCUUCUCGGGCAUCCGUUGGGAGAUUCUGCAGACCUUGCAGAAGCUGCUGAACAAGCACAUUACCCCGCGGUUGCCGCUGCGCGGGACCAUCACCGCGUCGGGCGACCUGGUGCCGCUGUCGUACAUCGCGGGCCUGAUCACCGGGCGCCCCAACUCUCGGGCCGUGACGGAGGACGGGCGGCUCCUGACGGCGGCCGAGGCGCUCAAGCAGGUCGGGCUCCUGAAGCCCUUCGAGCUGCAGCCCAAGGAGGGCCUGGCCAUCGUCAACGGCACGGCCGUCGGCGCGGCGCAGGCGGCCAUGGCCUGCUACGACGCCAACGUGCUGGCGCUCUUCGCCGAGGUCGCGUCGGCGCUCUUCUGCGAGGCCAUGCAGGGUAAGCCGGAGUUCACCGACCACCUGACGCACCGGCUCAAGCACCACCCGGGCCAGAUCGAGGCCGCGGCCGUCAUGGAGUUCGUGCUCGACGGCAGCGCCUACAUGAAGGCGGCGGCGCAGCUGCACGCGACGGACCCGCUGAAGAAGCCCAAGCAGGACCGGUAUGCGCUGCGGACCUCGCCGCAGUGGCUGGGGCCGCAGAUCGAGGUCAUCCGCGCGGCCACGCACGCCGUCGCGCGCGAGAUCAACUCCGUCAACGACAACCCGCUCAUCGACGUGGCGCGCGACAAGGCGCUGCACGGCGGGAACUUCCAGGGCACGCCCAUCGGCGUGUCCAUGGACAACCUGCGCCUGGCGCUGGCCGCCAUCGGUAAGCUCAUGUUCGCGCAGAUGUCCGAGCUGGUGAAUGACUUCUACAACGGCGGGCUACCGUCGAAUCUGACCGGCGGUCCCAACCCCAGCCUGGACUACGGCUUCAAGGGCGCCGAGAUCGCCAUGGCGUCGUACUGCUCCGAGCUCCUGUACCUGGCCAACCCCGUCACGACGCACGUGCAGAGCGCGGAGCAGCACAACCAGGACGUGAACUCGCUGGGCCUGAUCUCGGCGCGCAAGACGGCGGAGGCCGUCGAGAUCCUGAAGCUGAUGGCCUCCACGUUCGUCGUCGCGCUCUGCCAGGCCGUGGAUCUGCGCCACCUGGAGGAGAACAUGCUGGCGACCGUGAAGCAGGCGGUGUCGCAGGCGGCGAAGAAGACGCUCUUCGCCGACGCGGCCGGCGCGCUGCUGCCGUCGCGCUUCUGCGAGAAGGACCUGCUCAAGGUGGUGGACGACACGCCGCCCUUCUCCUACGUGGACGACGCGACCAGCGCGACGUACCCGCUCAUGACCAAGCUGCGCCAGGUGCUGGUCGGCCACGCCCUGGCCAGCGCCGAGCCCGACGACGGCUGCUCCGUCUUCCGCCGCAUCGCCGUCUUCGAGGAGGAGGCGCGCGCGCAGCUCGAGCAGGCGGUGCCCGUCGCGCGCCAGCAAUUCGACGCUGGCGCCGCCGCCCUGCCCAACAAAAUCCUCCAGUGCCGCUCCUUCCCCGUCUACAAUCUCGUGCGAUCUCUGGGCACCAAGCUCCUGAUCGGCACCGAGUCGAGGUCGCCCGGCGAAGACAUUCAGCUCGUCUUCGAGGCCAUCAAUGCGGGCAAAUUGGCCGGCCCUCUGCUGGCCUGCUUGGAUGGCUGGUCGGGCGCCCCGCUUCCCGUCGACGCGCCUCGUGUAUGAAGGAAUGAAUGAAUCUGAUCGGCGGAUCGGAGUCUCGUCGUGCGUCGAGGGCGAAGAUUGUAGAUAAGCUGAUACUAUAUCCGGAGAGCAGAAUUUGCCGAGUGCACGAGUAGGUCUGAGAAUGAAAGGAAGAUUCGAGCCCUCGGACUCACGCCUCUGCGGAGCGUGCGUGUGAUUCGGUCGUAAUGUCGCCCCAUUUUGUAGAUAGCAAGCAGUCGUCGGUGCUGGAGCUGGAGCAGCAGCAGCAGCCGCCUUUCUCCUCUGGUAGCUUUUAGCUUUAGUGUUGUACAUACAUGCUCAUAAGGAAGAGCUCUGUUGAAACUUUCCUCUCAUAAUUCAUGAGCUCCUCUCAAAAGGUUUCCGUUGCCUACAAUUCACGCUCGGUGUCGUCUUACUCUCCUCAUCGUCUGCUCGAAAUUUUGAGAAUAUCUCGCCGUGAUCAGAUGAUCAGACGCAGAAG